GCCCACAAACAACCGCACUUUUGCACCUUGUAUCCCAUACAUUCUAUUCAUACCACCAAACCCCUCCACACCACAACAGCAUUCAAAAUGCGCGCCUCAUCCAUCGCCAAGGGUUACACCUUCUACCUGGGCACUGGCCCUACGAUGACCGCCGAUCCUAUGGUUCAGCAUGAUGGCGCUACUGAGACUGGCUCCUACGAGCUUACGACCUUCCUUCAUGAUCCUGGCAUGGGUCAUCCUACCGAGAUCGCUUCUCCGGCUGUCACUGUCCUCACUUCUGAAGUGUGCACCCUUGUGACCACCCAGAUGUGCUCUGCCAUUGAGGUUACUCAGAGCCUCAGCGUCUCUCAGCCCAUGAUCACCGAGACCGCUGGCACCACCUCCUCCAUCUUGGAGUCUGCUUCGAGCUCUUCCGCUCAGAAGACCAGCACCUCCUCCGAAAUCCAGGAGACUUCCAGCACUGUCAGCAUGACUGGCUCCACCACUGAGCCCGUCGCGACCCCGACUGCCUCUUCCGAGGCUUCCAAGACCGAGGUCAUCAUCGUCUGCGCCAUUGCUGGCGCCAUCCUGAUGUACUUCCUUUAA